AUGCCUACCGAACUCGAAGAGCUUGUGGAGUUCCUCCACUCCCCACAACCUGCCGUCGUCCAAAUUUCCUUGGACAACCUUGUUGGCUAUUCUCAAGGCCCUCAACAGCUGAUUUUCAACCACAAUAACUAUGAGCCCAUUAAGGAUUUGAAGAGGUUGGUCAGAGAUAAGGGAAAGACAAUGGUCAACCAAUCCUUGACAAUCUUGGUCAAUUUGUGUGACAGUUUACUCAUCAGAAAGCUUCUUCUUGACGACGAUGAAUUCAUGACCUAUUUGGUCCAACAAAUUGUCAAUAUUCAAAACUCCAAUGCGGACUUGAUGACAAUUUUGUUGACUAACUUGGCCAAAAAUGAUGGUAUCAACAAGAUUCUCGAUAUGAAAGUCAAGCAUGAUGAAGUGAACAGCAAGGUUUUCAAGUCUACCAAGGCCAUUGAUUGUUUAAUGGAUCUUUUUGUCAAGGGCUUUGAUAGAUCGUUAAACAAAUACGCUGACUUCGACUAUUUGGCAUACUUCUUCGCCGACUUGUCCAGAUUCUUGGAAGGUAGAACUUACUUUAUCACCAAUCAAGAAUACGAUGAGGUUGUUCCAUUAUCUAAAUUAUUGGUCUUCACUGAAAAAUACGACAACAAGAUUAGAAGAGAAGGUGUGUCUUCUACCAUCAAGAACUCGUUGUUUGAUACCAACUCCCACAUGAAACUUUUGGAAGAUGAAAAGAUUAAUCUUUUGCCUUACAUUUUAUUACCAAUUGCGGGUCCAGAGGAAAUUGAUGAAGACGAUAUGUUCAACUUGCCAGAUGAAUUACAAUUAUUACCUUCCGAUAAAAAGAGAGAUCCUCUUGAUGCAAUUAUAUGUAUUCAUUUGGAGAGUUUAUUGUUAUUGUGUACUACCAGACCUGGAAGAGAAUACUUAAGAGAAAAGGCUGUGUAUGCAAUCAUCAAAGAAUUGCAUAAAGCCACCGAUAAUGAGGAAGUCGCUGAGUUGAUUGACAGAUUGGUGCAAAUGUUACAGAGAGACGAAGCUCCUGAAGAUGCAGAUGUGGAUACGGAUAGCGACAGUGACGAUGAAAAGGUUGUUGAAAUUGUUUAA